AUGGAGGACUUCCAAAUCUGCCCAGUGACUAACUACUACCAAAGGAUCCUUCUACCAGUGUCCUACAGCCUUGUGUUUCUGCUGGGCUUGAGUUUAAACGGCGCCCUGCUGUGGAGCGUGUGCUGCCGGACGCGCCGCUGGAGCAGCACGGUCAUCUACCUGACCAACCUCGCCGUGGCGGAUCUCCUCUACGUGCUGGCCUUGCCUCCUCUCAUCAUCAGCAAUGCCAUGGGAGGCCUGUGGCCCUUCGGCAACGUCAUCUGCAAAUCCGUCAGAUUCUUCUUUUUUGUCAACCUCCACUGCAGCAUGAUGUUCCUCACCUGUGUCAGCGUGCACCGCUUCCUCGGCGUGUGCUUCCCCAUCGCUGCCGUGCGCCUCAGGACCAAAAAACUCGCCCUCUUUGCGUCAGGGUCGGUUUGGAUCCUGGCCACGGCUGAGAUUUUGCCGACACUGUUUUUUGCGCACACGGGUGUGAUUAACAACAUGACUGUAUGCUUUGAAAUGACCAACCCGGGGCAAUUUAAAGUUUACUUCCCAUAUGGGCUGUUUUUAGCCAUUGUGGGUUUUCUGAUCCCGUUCCUCGUCGUUAUCACCUGUUACUGCUCCAUGAUAAAGGUGCUUUACUGCAGGGCCGCGGACAGCAUCUCCACCGCAAGGACGGCUCGUAUGCGCAACAAGUCCCUGUACACCCUGUUGGCGGUGUGUCUCAUGUUUGUGGUGUGUUUUGUGCCUUAUCACGUUGCGCGGACCGUCUACUUGUUUGUGAGGGUGUACAUGCCCGGAGACUGCGGUCUUCUGAACACGGUCAUGAUCUCCUUCAAGAUCUGGAAGCCCGUGGUCAGUUUUAACUGCUGUGCAAAUCCUCUCCUCUACUUUCUGGGCUCUGAACGGCACCGUCAGAAUCUCCGGGCCUGGCUGUGGAGGAGGAAGAAGAGAGUGCAGCCCAGCGUGGUGGAUGUAGGCAGUACAAACAGGUCCGGAGGCUAGAGAGUAUAUGUAUCAGAGUUUUAUCACGAUGCAAUGCGCAGAAAUAAGACUGUAC